AUGGCUAUAGACGAGUCUACCGGAGAGCCCGUAUCUGAGCAGACGCCUCUCCUUCGGGACGCGCCAGACGGCGAUGCCAACGAGACCACCCCGCUCCCUCAGGAACCUAGCACCAAGGAGCUGAUUUGGAUUCUGGGAAGCAUCUGGGUCGGUGUCUUCCUGGCUGCCCUCGAUACAACAAUCGUCGCGACACUCUCUGCGCCCAUCUCUUCGUCUUUCAAUUCAUUCUCGCUGCUUUCUUGGCUUGCUACCUCUUAUUUAAUCUCCAAUGCUGCCUGCCAACCCCUCAGCGGCCGUUUAACCGAUAUCUACUCCCGUCGUUGGGGACUUGUCUUUUCCAACAUCUUCUUUGCUAUUGGCAAUCUGAUCUGCGGUCUGGCAAGAGCCCAAUGGGUAAUCAUUCUUGGUCGCGUCGUGGCUGGUGUCGGAGGAGGCGGUCUUACCGCAAUCUCCACUUUCGUCACUUCGGAUCUGAUUCCUCUCCGUAAGCGAGGCAUCUGGCAGGGCAUUGGAAACAUCUGCUAUGGUGCAGGCAUGGGACUUGGGGGUGUGUUUGGCGGGUGGAUCAACGAUACUCUGGGAUGGAGAUGGGCGUUCUUGCUCCAGGUUCCAUUCCUGGUUGUCUCGUGCAUUCUGGUUGCAGUGAAAGUCAAUAUCCCUGUGAAAGAAUCCGAUACCGCUCGUAUCAAGCGCGUUGACUUCCUGGGCGCCAUCACCCUCGUUUUGACACUGGUGACAUUGUUGCUUGGCCUCAACACUGGCGGAAACCAAGUGCCUUGGACCCAUCCGCUGGUGGUGGGAUCGCUGGUAGCAUCUGCUAUUUUCCUGGGUCUGUUCAUCUACGUGGAAGCUCGAGUUGCUUCCGAGCCCGUUAUUCCUGUGCGCCUGCUGCUGGAUCGCACCGUGGCAGCUGCUUGCUUGACCAAUUGGUUCACAACGAUGGCCGUUUUCGGCAUGCUUUUCUAUUUGCCAGUUUUCUUCCAGGUGCAGGGAUUUUCCGCAACUGCGGCGGGUGCACGGCUCAUCCCGCAGGCUAUCGGCACCUCGAUUGGCUCUUUGGGGUCGGGCAUCAUCAUGCGUGCUAGCGGUCGGUAUACCUUUCUCAGUUAUGUUGUCAUGGCGCUGCAAGUUCUCUCCGCUGCCCUCAUCUGCACUUUAAAUCUCCACACGCCUGUUGGGCUACCGUUCUUCUAUUUCUUCUUGGGCGGUGCAGCCUACGGCAGUAUGCUGACCAUCACCUUGGUGGCACUCAUUUCUGCUGUAGAUCACCAGCACCAUGCAGUUGUGACUUCGGCUUCGUACGCGUUCCGCAGCACUGGAAGCACUCUUGGUAUCACGGUGGCUUCGGCUGUCUUCCAGAACACCCUGAACCUUGGGCUUUGGUCUCGAUUUGGUGGGCGCGAUGACGCCAAGGAGGUGAUAGGACGUCUUCGUGAUAGCUUAGACGAAAUUUGGAAGGUUCCCGCAGACUGGACACCUGGAGUGCUUGAUGCAUACAUGGACUCCCUUCGGGCGGUGUUUGUGACAUUGUUGGGCCUUACUGUGUUGGGCGCAUUGGCGAGUCUCGCUAUGAGAGAGCACAAGCUACACAACAACCUGGCCAGACGAUAG